AGGUUCCGCCAAUUGCCACCGCACCACACACGCAUUCGCCUUUCUCCAUCAAAUACAACACCCCGUUGUCUUCCUUCAGUUCCUUGUUAAACAACACCCUUGGAUUUUCAGAUAUCUUUCUUGAUUUUUUUUCAAUCCUCUCUGUGUUAAUAUUCUCCAUCCACCCCCAAAUUAAAAUCACUUAUCAUCCACAGAUUAUUGUUUUAAACAAAAAUUGGAAGGAAGAAGAAGAACGCCGGUAUGGUCAAGAAAAGGGUAUCAAGAGUCGGCAGUUAUGCCAUUUCGUCCGCCAUUGCAGACCCUAACUGUUUUUCAUGCUCAACCUUUAACAUCCUUGCCCCCAUCUAUAAGCGCCUAAUUCACGAGGAUCAUGCUUGCAGAGAAAGUGAAAUCAGAGCGUAUUGGUUGAAUAGGAAUGAAGGGAUUUUGGAUCUGCUAUUGUGCGAAAAAUCUUCCAUAAUCUGUCUUCAGGAGUUUUGGGUUGGAAACGAAGAACUUGUCAACAUGUAUGACACGAGGCUUGGUGAUGCAGGAUAUAUCAAUUUCAAGCUUGCACGCACCAACAAUCGUGGUGAUGGUCUACUGACAGCUGUGCAUAAAGACUACUUCCGGGUGAUAGACCAUCGGGAGUUCUUGUUCAACGAUUUCGGUGACCGUGUUGCUCAGCUUUUACAUGUUGAAGUAAUUGCAGCCUUCACCGGGACCCAGUGCAGAAACAGUCAAGAAAUUCUCAUAGUUAACACCCACCUGUUGUUCCCACAUGAUUCAAGCAUGUGUUUGGAGAGACUGCGUCAGGUGUACAAGAUCCUGCAAUCUGUGGAGGCUUAUCAGAAAGAAAACAGUCUUAGUCCUUUGCCCAUCAUUCUGUGUGGUGAUUGGAAUGGGAGCAAGCGAGGUCAUGUUUACAAAUUCUUAAGGUCACAGGGAUUUGUAUCAUCAUAUGAUACUGCUCAUCAAUACACUGAUGCUGAUGCACAUAAGUGGGUUAGCCACAGAAAUCAUCGAGGAAACAUAUGUGGUGUGGAUUUCAUUUGGCUUCUAAAUCCAAACAAGUCUAGGAAAGUACUCAAAACAAGUUGGAGGGAUGCGGUUUUUGGGCUGUUGAAGUAUCAUGUGCGACGAGCAAGAGCCUCCCUGACUGAAGCAGAUGAUGCCUUUGCAUUUCUCAAGGCUGAGCCUGAGGCUGAUUAUAUUACUUAUUCGGGUUUCUGUGAGGCUUUGCGCAAGCUUAAUUUUAUUGGUCAUCCGUAUGGCCUGAGUAAGGAGGAGACAAAAGAGCUUUGGGUUCAAGCAGACCCUGAUGGCAAUGGUGUCGUUGAUUAUAAAGAAUUUCAGCAGAGAGUAUGGAAUCCUACAAGUACAAGGUGUGAGGAGGAGGACGAAGAGGAAGAAGAAGAAGAAGAAGAAGCUGUAUUAGGGUACAGCGUGAAGAAUGCAGUACUUUACCCAACUGAAGCAGAAAAAGGAAUGUGGCCGGAUGAUUACUCACUCUCUGAUCAUGCCCGCCUCACUGUCGCCUUUUCACCUGUUUAUACAAAUAUAACUUCUUCUUGAUUCAUUAUAUAUAUAUAUAUAUAUAUAUAUAUAUAUAUAUAUAUAUAUAUAUAUAUAUAUAUAUAUAUAUAUAUAUAUUCUUCCACAUCCACUUUAACUUUUCAACCCAACCCAACCCAACCAUUGGUUUGGUGGUUGAUCGAGUCCUGAUGAGCAUACACAUUAUGGUGAUGGAUUUUUAUAGUCACCACCAAUUGCUGCUAAUAUAUAUUACAUAAUAUGUAUAUAUGAUUUCUUUGUUACAUUCUCUCAUUUGUAUAAACUGUAAUAUUACUUUGGCAAGUUGGCAUGGCAUAUCCUAA